UUGUAGAAUGAAGCUUUACUCCGGUAUUCACGGCUUCGUGGUGUAAUAUCUGGCGAUGGGGUGUUCAGUAGGCGUGACAGGUAUGUAUAAAUGCAACACGCCACUGCUUCAGGUACACGACCUGGCGCAUCCGAAUUCCUGGCACACGCACUAAAUCACAGGUCUCCAAUCAGAAACAACGCUUGAGGAAGCAUGGUUAAAAAUACCGCAUUGAUCCUGCUCAUCCUGUGCCUCGCGCAGCUGCUCCUUGUAGCGGAAUGCAAGAAGCAGGAAGGUGGGAAGGGGCGAAGUAAGGAAGGCAAGGAUAAAACCCAAAGCGACGGUCAAGGGGGGCACCAACCAAAAAAGCACGAGGCAGCACCAAAAGAAAAGAAGGAGAGAGGACAGAAACCAUCCAUGCAGGGCAAGUUCACCACCAAGGAUAAAGCGCAGUGCACCUGGACAGCGGCUGAGGGAGACAAGUUUAGCCUGCGGGUGAUCUGCAAAAAGAGCGAGGAGAGCUACGCCUGUGAAUACGUGGGUAGACCUACAGCCUGCACUGAGUAUGCUUCUAAGUCGAAAUCAUACUGGAAACAGAUUUCUAGAGCCCUGAAAAAGCAGAAGAACCUGUGCAAGGAUGCGGCGUCCGUGUUGAAGGCGGGCAUGUGUAAGAACGCGCCCAGAGACUCGCAUUUUAAACUUAGUGAAAAUUUCCUGGCAACUGCAAAGGAAAACACGCCCUCCUCUGUGCCGGAGAACGCUCCAGCACCAGCGGCAACCCCAAACACGAAGAACUGCACGGAUAGCAUAGACCAGAAUAAAUUAGCUGAAGAGUACUGCAGUGGGUCGUGGACCUCACUAUGCACUUUCUUUAUCUCCAUGGUACAGGACUGCUGAGAGUCUUAUUCUAUUAGACCUGUUGUAUGUACUUAGCCCACAGACAGACACACUUCUGUGAUUCCUGAUUUGUAUUUUAAUACAAAGACAUUCAAAUCGCAUGGCCAUAGACAAAUACUCCUGACGGUAUUUCAUUUGAUAAAAUCACAGUUAAAAAAAAAAAAAAAAAAUCAGUACAUAUAUAUAUAUAUAUAUAUAUAUAUAUAUAUAUAUGAACCCUAAAGCUGUCUUGUAAAAGUUAUAUGUUCUAUCGAUACCACUUAAUAAAAGUGCACUGUUUUCUAAUUAUGUACAUCCCUAAUUGAUUUUUAAUGUAAUGGUUGCCAUGUAUUUCGUAUUGGUUAAACUAUUCUGUCCACUUAGGUUUUGUAAUGCUGAUAAAUAAACUAUUAGUUUUUAUACA